UAAAUUCAACAAAAUAAUAAUAAUUCUCUCCAUUUUCAUCCCUUUUUUCAUCUUUUCACAUUGAUCUCCUAAAAAAGUUACCCAAAAAUCUCCAUCUCCCACAACAACAACAAUUCUUCUUUAUUUCUUUUUUUCUUUUUUGAUUUGAUUUACCUUUAUGCCGACUGAAAAAUCCUUACUUUGACGAUGUCGUCCAUUUUAAAUUCUUCCAAUUUGGUGUUCGCCACCGUCAUGGUGGUGUCGAGCACGGCGGUCAUUUUGGCUUUUCUCCGCCAGAACAAACCCGAUAUCUCCCCGCCGCCGCCGCAACUCUCCGACGGAACCACUUCUCGGCAGUCAGAAAGUCCGAUUCUUCGCCCUUGUCUCUCUUCAGGUGGGAAGAAAGAAAGGAAGAAGAAGAAAGUACAAUUUGCAGAGAAUGUGAAGAAGAUGAAAUGUACAGAUCAUGAUCACAUUAGGAAGAAAGAGAGAUCAUCGGCGUUGUCGGCGUCGGCGUCGUCGGCAUCGUCAAGAUUAUUGUUGAAGAAAGUCCAAUGCAGAAAUGCUGGCCGAAAUCAAAUCCCCCAAAAUCGACUUGCUCUUUACAAUGCAAUUCUUAGAGAUCGUUCUCACAGGAUUCAAUUUUCUUACUAAUUUCUUUUUCUCUUUCCAUUCAUUCUUCGUUGCCUGUAAAUAUUCCCCCAAUCCGAUAUCGGUUUUGACGUUCA